CUCUUCCUCCCUCUCUUCUCUCUCUCCUCGUACCUCACCUUCUCUCAACCUGUGUGUGCCCGUCGCGCGUCAUCUCUCUAUCUAUGUGGCACACACACGAUGGCCCUCCCCGAACCUGGCCUUCCUACCCCCAAACUCCUCCGUGAAUCCACCGACCUUACCUUCUCCUCCGUCUUCACCAGCUCCAGCGCCCGCUCGUUCUCCUACACCCCCAACGCCGUGACCUUCACCCGCACCCGCACCCGUCUUCCUGCCAACAAACACAAAUACCGCAUCCUCCACCAGCCUCUGUUCCGCAAUUCUCUUCUCGCUGGCGUUGGAUACCUAGAGUUAGCCAAUGCGGCUGACUUUGCCGCCAAUGUCUGGAACGAGAUCCCCGUACCCCUGCACGCCAAGAUUCUGAUGGCGAUUGGCGGGCCUUGCGCUCUGUGCAUGACCCUGGUCGCAGCCCGGGAUAUGUACCUCAGUGCUGCCAAUGUGCGCUUGUUGCGUCAAGAGAGAGCCUUUCUCGCCGAUAGCAUCUCCACCAGUGCAUCAGCAGACCACACCAAGGACCAGGUUCACAAACCGGCCCCAGCCAGCGAGAAAAACACCAUCGACACGCUCAAUGAAUACAAGCACGGCGUCAAUACCCGAGAAGUCCUCACUGAAGUCAUCGAUCGCAUUCUUAUGGAUCUUCUCAUGGGAAUUGGUGCUCUUCUCGUGGGAAUCGGCACACUGCUCGCGAUAUGGGGCGCUGACCGGACCAUCUACCACGCCAGUAAUCUGUUGUCGGGGUACGUGGGCAAUGGGCUGGCUGCUGGCUUCGGCCUCGUCAAUGCUAUCUGGUCAGCAUAUCUGGUGUGGCGGUUCCAGCGGUGCUGGAAGGCGUGCGCUGCCUCGGCGGAGCCCUGUGCGACGGACGAGAAUCAAACUCGCCGGUUGAAACACGAGCUUCCGGCCUCGCUGAAGAACAAGCUCCGUGCUCGCAUGCGGGCCCUGCAGUUCCAUGCUGUGAUUAACGGGGUCAACGGAGUGGUGGCUGGUGCGGCGAGCAUGGUCACGGCGACCAUGUGGUACGGGUACGUGGUACUGGUGCCGUGCAUUGUGAGUCUGAUCCUCCUGAAUGUGUUCUGGAGAGCAAGACUUGGCUACGACCGAUCAUUGGGGACAUUCUCCACCGGGCUCGACUCGGAGUUGUGCACCACUGCCACUGCCACUGCUGCAAAUACUGUCCACACCACAAUCCCAGAAGACGACUCCUCCGCAGAUCACCCCGAGGGUGCGCAAUCUCAUACCUCACCCCCGCCAUCUCCCGAUGCACUCCCCCAUCACAAAGAAGAUGUUGAUCCCGACAGGCCCAACGAAGACGCCCUCUCUAUCCUUCUCACCGAGCUCGCAUACGUCAGCGAAAUGCAUCGUGCACUUCUACAUACCACCGAACCUCAGAAUCCUGGCUAUGACGACAGCAGCCACCAAGAAACCAAGAUCCUCCGAACUCUCCAGCUCCCCAUCACAACCCUCACCCCAACCACCCUUCUCGCCUUCAUCACCCACCACAACCUCUGGGAGAGCUUCUGCGUCUGGCUCAUUGAAAGCCAGAGCCAAGGCCCUUCGUUGUUCAGAAGGGUGUGGGAUAUUCUCCGCUUCCGCAGACGUCAAUCACCCACGACCAAAAUUACAGAGGAAGAACUAGACACCAUCCUUGGGCUGGGGACAGAUACAAGCCCCAAUGCUGUCUCCCCUCUAUUCACGUCCACAGGCUCAGGAGGAGCGGAGAAAGCUGCCCCAGUAGUAGCUACUGAAGUGACCCUCCACCCGGAUGACCUUCUCACCCGCUGCAAGGAUCAGACCCUCCUCGUCCGCAAAAUGAAGGCCUUUCUCGUCGGGAACGUGACCAGGUGCUUCGCCUACCGCGAGCGGUAUCUUCUGGAGAUGGUGGGGUACGCCAUCUGGAAGGAGUCUCUCGCCCCUUCCGGGUGAUUGAGAAGACCCCAAAGAAGACGGGACGGUCAUUCGAUAUGACCGGAUCCUCUCUCAACCAUUGUGCAGGACACAUCACGACAAAACCAUCAAUGCUGAGCAUCAUGACCAUCUUCAGAGGGCGUCAAGGGUCCUUUCCUUGCCUCUACCGUAUAUAUAUGAACUUUAGAAGUCAAAAGAUCAUAGAUAACUUGUCUAAU